AUGACAAACACAAGCAACGAAUUAAAGCACUAUAAUGUGAAAGGAAAGAAGAAAGUUUUAGUACCAGUUAAUGCAAAAAAAACCAUUAACAAGAAAUACUUCGGAAGGAAAGUUGCUUCCAAAAAGAAAUAUGUUGUACAAAGAAAAUUAAGGAAAUCUAUAGAAGUAGGAAAGGUAGCCAUCAUAUUAACAGGAAAACAUAUGGGUAAGAGAUGUAUCAUAACAAAAAUUUUAAAUUCAGGAUUAUUAGCUGUAGUAGGUCCAUAUGAAGUUAAUGGGGUUCCUUUAAAAAGAGUCGAUUCAAGAUAUUUAGUUGUCACAUCUACUAAUAUUUUUAACUUUGAAAAUAUAGCCAAGUUAAAAGAUAACUUCCUUAACUAUGCUCAAGAUAUUGAUGAUGAUUCUUUUAUUAAAACCUUAGAAAUUAAAAAAAAACAAAAGAAACUCUUAAAAAAUAAAAAUGAAGCUCUCUUUAUGAAUAAUGUUAUUGACAAAAUUAAAGAAAUCAGAAAAGAAGAUCCAAAGGUUCAGAAAUUAGAAGCUAUACAAAAAGAUAUUGGAAGUUUGUUAAAACCAGAAAUUUUAAAAAAUAAAGUCUUCGCUCAUUACUUAAAAUCGAAAUUUACCUUAAGAAAUGAUAUGGUUUUACACAAAAUGAAGUUUUAA